AUAGCUUUAAAAAUGCGAGGAGAACCUUUACGUGAACGGCGUGUUGUAUUUGUUUUGAAUGUCGUAGUUCGGGUCGAACCCGUCGGAAAUAGUUUGACAGCGCUGUAGCACCACGCCGACUUCUUUAAGUGAAAGUUUCAUUCGCCUCGAAAUUGUUGAAGUGUAGUGUUGGGGGCUCCCUGCCGACUGCGACAUCGCCCCGUCAAUGUAUGUCUGCUUUUCAUGCCGACCUACUCGACCCCAUCAAGAGCAGAGGUCUGCUGUUUUGUGUAUGGCUCCGUGGUGUCGGCCAGAACUAGGCCUUUAGCCGAACUAUUUCACCAAAUGAUUUCCUUUGUCGCAGCCCGACAAGGCUAAAAAUAACGCCCGACUGCAAAACACUGGCCGAGGUCAGAAAUGGACGUUAUGAAAGAGGGAAAUGCACCGCCGAUAAGCACGAUGAGUUCCGUGUAACACCUAGCAGUGGCGAUUUAAACUGAUGGAGCCAGUUAAGUCGGGUCAACAUUUAGUCGAGGCCUGCCAGUUAAAAUGACGGAAGCGUUUAUGGAGUCACUGACUGCGCCGUGGGAUCCAUAGUUGCAAUCUCAAGCCUCGAUGUGCACCGUUUACAUAUGAAGCAAACGAAUCGGUAUGUCGGAUGAAGAUUCCCGUGCCAGCACCAGUUCUUCCUCCUCUUCCUCCUCAACUCAUCAACAGCAGCAGCAGGACGCAAACCCCUCAAAGAAACGAGAAACUAAAGCCAGCAUGAGCAAGACCUCCAAACUCCUUUCUACUAGUGCAAAAAGAAUUCAGAAAGAAUUGGCUGACAUUACGUUGGAUCCACCGCCAAACUGCAGUGCUGGUCCUAAAGGAGACAACAUCUAUGAGUGGAGGUCGACCAUCCUGGGCCCUCCAGGCUCUGUCUACGAGGGAGGAGUAUUUUUCCUGGACAUUGCCUUCACACCAGACUACCCUUUCAAACCACCGAAGGUGACUUUCCGUACAAGGAUCUACCACUGUAACAUCAACAGUCAGGGAGUGAUCUGUCUGGACAUCCUGAAGGACAAUUGGAGUCCUGCCCUCACCAUCUCUAAGGUCCUACUGUCCAUCUGCUCCCUGCUCACUGACUGCAACCCUGCUGACCCCCUGGUCGGAAGCAUCGCCACACAGUAUACAACAAACAGACCCGAACACGACAGGAUAGCCAAACAGUGGACCAAGCGCUAUGCCACAUAAUCACCAGAGGAGCUGCUGGUUGGACGACUUAGGGAUACAGAGGUGUCCGGGGGCGGGGGGUGGGGGUGUCUUCUCCCAUCAGAAGAGGGAGGUAGGGCAGGUGGAGGGGCGGUUGGAUUUUUAUCUCCGAAUUGAAGUCUUAACUCCUGACAUUUUGUUGUUUAAUGUAUUUUUUAAAUUAUCUACGGCCCAACUAUAAUCAGACCUGGCAAUAAUGCAUUUAGUGUUUUCGCUUUGAAUUUUUAGCUUGUGCUUGAAGAUGGACAUUGAUACUAAACCGCUAGAUAAAAUGUGUCACAGCAUGAAUCCCAGUCAAUUAUAUCAGUGUAAAUUCUCACAUGUAUUUAAUUUCCAGUUGGUGUUUGCUUCCCCCCUUCAAACCCCCUGGUCUUUGAAAAGGUGUUUUACACAUGUAGACAUGCUUAGAUAUGGAUGGAUAUUGGUUGUGAUUUGUGUUCUGUACUGAUAAAAAAAAAAAAGCUGUUCCGUUUCUCCCUUAAGAAUUAAACAUGACCAAUUGAA